AUGUGGUUCAAGGACAGCAGGAGGCGGAAAUCCCACCAUCGAGAGUCCUGCAACCUCGCAAGGUACCCAGGUUGGAGUGGACUUUCACUCAACGCGUACAUAGCGGGGGUCAAGGUCACCGACAAGGCUCCUGACUCGUCGGCGGGUGCUCCAAGCGUGGGUAACGUGGGCUUGAGCGAGGUGCAAUGGCCUGAGGGCAUCAAAGAGAUUCACCUGCUGCUGUUCCACGAGGCGGUUGAAGGGCGGUGGGUUUGGAACGCCUUUCAUUCUGCGCGCUCCGACUUUCCUUCGGGCCUUCUGACUGCACGUGUUGAGGCCCUUUCAAUCGUUCGCUUGUUGGAGCGAAUUUUCCUUAGGCCUGCGGGCGAUCUUUCUUGGACAAGCUUUUGACCAGCCCAUUGAAGACAUCGUGUGGCCGCACAGACCUGAGAGACUGCCUCUCUGCGGCUGCAAUCAGCCUAUUGACAACGUGAGGUAGCCGCCGGCGCUGAAAUCCUUGGAAUUUUCAACACCGUCGGGGAUUCGCCUUCUGGAAAUCCCGAGCACGCGUUUACGCGAGCUUGAUCUUGUCGGUGUCUCCGACUCUCCCUUCACUACUUUGCGGGCGAGUCUUGAGACUCUUUGGCUUGGCGACAGCUUCUGUCAGCCGCUUGAAGGCGUUAAGUGGCCGAGUGGGCUUGUCACUUUGGGGCUUGGUUCUACUUUUACAGGGCUCGACAGUGUUUCGUGGCCCUCGAAUCUUUGAAAACUGCUGGGUAGACGAUAUAGAUUGAGCAGAGUUCCCCCUGGUUGCAGGGUGAACGUCGUGAUGGAUUUCUACACUGAGAGCGCUGUUUGGGGUGUUGAUAAUGAACAUGAUUGUUCCAUGACCUGGAGUAUUUGGACGAUUUUUCCCAUCUGUAUGGGCUUUUUGGGUGACGGGAAUAUGGACUAACUCGAGGUCUACGACCAGCAGGAGGACUACGAAAUAUUGAGAGCACGAGCGUGCCUUGUCUACAGUUGGCGCCCGCAGUUAAGAAAUAUUUUGUUAAGAAAUUGAGGCUCACUUUUUCACGAAAAACAAGAAAAUAGGGUUAAGAACAUAGCUCAAUCUGGGUCACACAACAAGAAAUGUCUCAAUAAGAAACACAGCGGCGACCGCUGCCCUACUACAUAAGAAACGAGGGUUUACGGGGGAGUGUGUCGAAUAAGAAACAAACCCCACAGCUCUCUCGCUCUUUCCCCCUCUCCCCCUACCCCCCCCUCCCAUAGUGCAUUAUUAUUAGUUGUACGACGAGGGGGAAGUGUUUUUUUUGCGGCGCCCCCUCCGGCCCCCUGC